GAGUGCACUUCGACAGCGAUUUUGGGGCACUUUGUGGGAGACAUCCCCUUUGGGAGACCCAGGCCAGGCACUGGAACAGCCAACCGGAAUUGCUGGAGGAGGGACAGGUUCAGGUGGACACGUUUUGCCCGCACAACUGCGAGGUGUCCACCCCAGUCCUCGUGAGCCGCAGAGUGCCCCCCAGCGUGUCCAUCUCGCUGGUGCCAUCGAGCUCCCAGCCCGGCCCCGGCCGCCUGCUCUGCUCCGUGAUGGAUUUCUACCCUGCGCCGGUGCAGGUGAGGUGGUUCCAGGAUGGGCAGGAGCUGCCGGAGCACGUGGUGGCCUCCGACGUGGUCCCCAACGGGGACUGGAGCUGCCAGGUGCUGGUGAUGCUGGAAAUCCUCCCCCGGCGCGGGGUCACCUACAGCUGCCAGGUGGAGCACGUCAGCCUGGAGCACCCCCUCGGCCGGUACUGGGAUAUGCCCCCAGAGAUGCUGCUGGACACCACCCAUAGCAAGAUGCUGACGGGGGUCAGGGGCUUCGUGCUGGCCUUUGUCUUCCUGGCUCUGGGGCUCAGCUCCUACCUGCACCAGAAGAUCCUGAGCCAGCGGUGGCCACAGUCCCUCCCCAUGGCCUCGGACUCAGACUGGACACCCUCUGUUCCCCUGCUGAUUUUGGGGGGUGUCAUGUGUAUCCCUGUCCCCUGCUGUCACUCUGCCCCUGCCCAGCUAUUCCCAGUGUUCCCAGUUCUAGAGGAGCUGACUUGGAAAGAUGCCCUCCUUGAUCUGCUGCUUGUCCACAGAGAGGAUCUUGUGAGCAAAGUGGAGAUUGGGGCCAUCUUGGCCACAGUGACCUCAAAGUGA